AUGGAAUCAAAUUAUCCUCUUGUUAUCAGUCGAGUGAUCGGAGAUGUAGUCGACAAUUUCUCGAGCAGCGUUAAAAUGUGCGUAACUUACCACUCGAACAAGAAUGUCUACAAUGGCCAUGAUCUUCUUCCUUCCUCAAUCACCACUAAACCUAGGGUUGAGAUUAUGACAGAUCCUGAUGUUCCUGGUCCGAGUGAUCCAUAUCUCAGGGAGCACUUGCACUGGAUAGUCACAGACAUCCCAGGCACUACUGAUUCCUCUUUUGGAAAAGAAGUGGUGAGCUACGAAAUGCCGAGGCCAAACAUAGGUAUCCACAGGUUCGUAUUCCUUUUGUUCAAACAAAAGCAAAGGCAAGGUCACGUGCUCGGUUCUCCGCCGCCGUGUAGGGACCGAUUUAAUACGAGGAAAUUUGCGGAGGAGAACGAUUUGGGUCUCCCGGUGGCGGCUGUUUUCUUCAACUGCCAGCGCGAGACGGCUGCCAAAAAGCGGUGA